AUGGAUUUAGGGUCGCAUGUGCCGAAUGAUGUAAAUGACACACUUCAGAGUGCCCAGAAUGGCACUUUACUUUUAGAAUCAUCAAACUACACGGAUGCAGUAAGCCGCCUGAGGAAAUCUCCGAUUGAUUUGGAAUCCACUAAUAGCUUUUUGGAUAUGUUGGAGUCAGACAUAAAACGCACUACCUUUCCGCCAGUUGGCGCCAUCAAUCCACAAUUUCAACUUGCUUUGACAACGAUCGAUGCAGUACGCAAACAACUAAGGAAUCUGGACCCUAUACUUGAAAAUGCCAACCUACUGUUGCAAUCGAUAGAAAAGCUGCAGCGGCAAAAGUUACUCUCUGAUCAUUUACGGAAACUUGGUGAUUCCUUGGAUACUACAGUCAAGACAUUGGCGGACCCCAAAUUACUCGAGGCGCCCAUUCUCCCCGCAUACAAAAACGCAACACACAACCUGUUAGCGGAUUUGUCUAGUGGCUUAGACAACCUCACGACAGAAUUCACGGGGGCUGUAGUCUCCUGUAAUCGUCUGCACUACGUGGUACAUUCGAUGAUCAAAGUUUCAUGUUCUACAACGGGAUUGAUCAAUCGGUUGGGUGGCACGAGUUUUAUUUUCGUCUUACUCUUCUUUCCGCUUUUGUUAGCUACACUUACCUUUCAACUUUUUAUUAUUCUUCACGGGUAUAUGUACUCAGUUUCACUGAAGUAA